AUGUCCAGCGACGGAAGCACUCUUCUCGGAGUGGUUGUUCUCGCCCGCCAUGGCGAUCGGCAAGGGUUUUACCAGGACCUGGCCACCUAUAACGCGUCUGACACUGCGAUCACGCCUCUCGGUGAGACACAAGAGUUCCAGCUGGGAUCGCUCCUCAAUAGCCUAUACCUGAACGAGUCGUCACCGUCGUUCAUCAAAGGCAUUGCGAGCAGCAGCCAGCUUUUCAACGGGACCCAGGUCAAAGGCUUGUGGCCGCCCACGUCGAGCUCCGUCAUCCAGCUCGCGAACGGCACAAACGUCACGAGUCCACUUAACGGGUACCAAUAUGUUCCCAUUGAGUCGGUGGAGUCCAACGAGGAUGUCUCUCUGGAAGGCUUUACGUCUUGCCCCAAUCUCGACCAGCACACUUUAGCUUUUUACAGCUCCCGUGCUUUCGCACAGAAGGCCGCCGAGGUCAAUGCGUUCUUGACCAGCCUCGUUCCCAUCUUGGACGGGCGUCUCGUGGCGCUUCAGAACAUUAUCUUUGAUUUCAUGAAUGUCCAAUCGAUCCACAACGCAACUUUCGCAGCCUCGCUCCCUACCGGGGCUCUUGCGCAGGCCCGCGAUCUCGCCAACUGGCACGAGUACAACGUCUUCAGUGACACGUCCCUCAACGGCAUCGGAAACAUCGCGUUCCGGACCAUGAUCCCCUCGGUCGCGACCGCCAUGCAGCGCAUCGCGAACUCGAGCGACCCCCUCAAGCUCCACUACUCCGCGAUCUCCUACAAGCCGUUCCUGAGCCUGUUCAACAUGACCGGCGUGAACGCGAACGGCGCGCUCCCGCCCGCGAUCGUCAACUACGCCGCCCCCGUCGUCUUCGAGGUCCGCCAGCCGGCGACCCCCCGCGGAGCCGACCGUGCGCCUCCUGUUCAAGAACGGGACGGACGACGCGGGGCUCGCCGCGCACCGAUGACGCUCCCGGCCUUCAGCGGGACCGACGUCCCGCUCUCGACGUUCCUCGGGGCGCUCGAGCCCGCGGCGGUGAACACGACGAUGGACUGGUGCUACGCGUGCGGGCAGUCGAGCCUGCGGGGUGCUCGGGCGCGACGCGGUGUCCCCGCUUGCGGCGGGGUGGAUCGGGGCGGGCGCGGCGGUCGCGGUGUGGGCGAUGGGCUUCGUGUCCUCGCGUUCAUGGGGUACGUCAAGUUCCAGCUGCCGAACCGGCGGCGGCGGACGUCCGAGGCGGGAUCUUCGACAGACUCGAUCACGAAGGAGAGUGUUUGA